CGUACGGGAAGUCGGAGGGGAAAAUCAGCUGGAAUCCGCGGAAAUCAUCCACAGGACUAUUUUUCCUUUACUUAGCUAGCUAUCGAUCUGUCACCUACUAUCUCUCAUUCCUUUCGUGUUGCUGUCAAAACGCCACACUGGCUAUGUCGGAGUCAUACGAUUUCCUGUUUAAAUUCCUGGUGAUUGGGAAUGCUGGAACUGGCAAAUCCUGUCUGCUGCACCAGUUCAUAGAGAAGAGAUUUAAGGAUGAAUCCAACCACACGAUUGGGGUGGAGUUUGGCUCUAAGAUUAUUAGUGUGGUCAACAAAAUGGUCAAACUGCAGAUUUGGGACACUGCAGGGCAAGAAAGAUUCAGGUCCGUGACCAGGAGUUACUACAGAGGAGCAGCAGGAGCUCUGCUAGUCUAUGAUAUCACCAGUCGAGAGACAUACAACGCCCUGACCACGUGGUUGAGCGAUGCCAGGAUGCUGGCCAGUCAGAACAUUGUCAUCAUCCUCUGUGGAAACAAGAAGGACCUGGAUGCUGAGAGAGAGGUCACGUUCCUGGAGGCUUCACGCUUUGCUCAGGAGAACGAGCUGAUGUUCCUGGAGACCAGCGCUCUAACAGGGGAAAACGUCGAAGAGGCCUUUGUCCAGUGCGCUCGGAAAAUCCUUAACAAGAUAGAGUCAGGAGAGCUGGAUCCAGAGAGGAUGGGGUCAGGUAUCCAGUAUGGCGACGCUGCGCUACGACAGCUUCGUUCUCCUCGUCGCGCUCAGCCUCAGGGCACCCAAGAGUGUGGUUGCUAGUGGACGCGCCCAGCAAAAUACUCAGAAAAGUGUGUUUCAGAUGGGUUUUUGAAGACCAGGAGAAGAACAACCACAGGGGACUCAGGGUUCAGGUUGUUAUGCUGGUGACUCCUCUCUGACCUUUGACCUUUUGCUUUGUUGUCAUGGCUGCACCUCCCAGCCACAUCCCCUUCAGUGGUAUCCAGAGACCGCCCCCCUCUUCAACAUACUGCUCCACUAUUGGACCAAACCUUCCCCAGCCCUCCAAUCAGGAUGUGAAUUACUGACCAUCUUUCUAUCUGCCCUCACACCUGCUUACCUCCAAAACUUAAGUUGAAGUUUUCUCCCCUUACACCAAUCCCAUCGACAUUCAUCUGGAGUACUUAAGGGGAAGUUUACAUUUUUCAGAAGUUGAUUUUCUUUCGCAUUAGAAUUUAACCAACACGAUAUAAUGUGAUUGAGGACAGUCUGUAGGAUUUAAGGGGAUUUAUGGCAUAAAAGGAAUAUAAUAUUAUUUUUAGGUGAUUCAACAUCCCAGUACAAACUCUUAAACAUCCCCUUUAAUCUUUAUGUAUUGUAAAAAUGUACUGAUGGACACAUUUCCGCUCUGCUGCUCAUACAGAAGAGUUAUUUUAUACCCAUUCGUUUAACCUUUAUCAUGCGCAACUGAAGAACUGUCAUAUGAAUAAGUAGGGCCCAGCCUCCAACGAUGUUACUAUUCUCAAAAUACAUCCGUGUUUCUACAGUGGCCCAAAACAGACAUACCCAACAUUUGCUCUAGGAUUUUUACUUUAAAGUGGCAGCUUAAAAUGUGUGGUGAGUAUGCACCUGAAGGCCACGGCAGUUUCUUCUACAUUCUAGUAAAAAUGGGGAGGGUUGGAGGUGAACAUUUCUCACCAAUAGAUUGCACUAAAUCCUACACACAGCUCCUUUUAAGGGGAGUGUAUUUCCUUGUGCAUUCAAGGUAAACAAACAAGAUAUAACCCGUUCAUUUGUCAGUUUCAGAUUGAUAUCUGAUGCAUAGAUAUGAGGUAUGGAUUUUUCGCAUCUAACUCUCACCAAGAAAACAGUUGUUGAACUAUUCCUUUAACCAUUUUUAUGCAUAUUUCAAUCCUUCCCUUUUAUAUUUCUCUCCCUCCAACCAGCUGCUCUGAUUGCCUUCCUGCUCAUACUUCUUAAACACACCACUAACAGUGUGCUGUUUCUGCCUGUACAUUUUGCAUUCCCUGCGUUCCUCCUACACACUUUCUCUCCUGUAAAGUGCCCCGGGCGAUGCAGCUGCUGAAUGACACUUCAUCCCUCUGCCUACCUUACCGACUGUUUACAUCCCAUCUGUCUCUCUGUUACCUCCCCACACCUCUCCCUCCAUCCCCCGACUGCAUCUUGUACACUGUACAGUGUUUCUGUAUAUAGAGACUGACGCAUGUUUUCUCCUACAGAAUAUCAGAGUAUUUCAUUAUGAAGAGAUAUUAUAUGUAAAUUAAAGUAGAUAUCACAUCUAGCAUCUGUUUAAUGCUCCACUGUCUUAUUAUCAUGUUAAGCUACAUACACUGGCAACUAGUAAGCAGUAUAGCUGGGCAGUACUGAGAUUUAUGUUUAAUUGUGAAUGGGACUGAUCUGAGUUAUGUUAAGUACUAACAGUUAUAUCAUCGUUCAUGCUCACAGAUAAAGAAAAAAAUUGGAUCAUAUUACACAUCACAUAAUUUGGCUUUUAUGGCUAAUAUAAAUACUUUUUACACUUUGACUUUUUAAUUUACUACGGCGCACUCCUUUAUCCAAAGGUUUGAAAUAAUGACUGAUAUCUCUUUUAAUGACUCAUCUCUCUCUUUUAAAAUAAUGCCUGUUUACAUAUAUUUACAAUACCUCUCUUACUGCUGCCAGCUGUUAGGAAUUACUAACUGAAUGCAUUUCAAGUUUUAGCGAUGGUAUAAAACUAUCUGAUGUGUGUCGGAUUUGAAAUUGUCUCCAAAGAUUCUUUAUGUUAAGUUCAGCCACAUUAAACUCAUAAAAAGUCUUCAUUUGAAGAUCUAGAUUUAAAAUGGUGCGUUUUGAUUAUUUUUUUCAAGCAUUAGAACAUUUGUUUGUUUCCAUUUUUGCCCCUUUAUGAAUAUGCAUUUCAUUUUUUAAAUCUAGCACACUUCAAACUGCCGAAAUAUCUCACCUUAGAUUUCAUCUGAUAGUGACUUUGGCUGUUCCACGUCACGUUGCCGUCUUGUGUUUAUGUUAUCAAGUCCUUUGUUUAUUUAUGGACGUCUGUUUUUCUUGUGUCAUUAUGAAUAUCAUGGAUUUUUAAUUUAUUGUGUAUGAUAAAAGCAUAUGUUUUUAAAAUAAAAAAUACAAGAAAUGAGGAAUCAUCA